AUGAAAAAGGAGGAUGCUCUAAUAGUUUUGAAGAAAUAUACUAAAUAGGAGGAUUGUCUAUUUUGUUAGAAAUAUGGAAGAGUAACAACAGAUAAGAUUAAUUUUGCACCUCUUCUCAAUCGAGCUUUGUACACGAAAUAUUCUUAAUCUUAAUGGAAUGGAAAAAAAUAUGAAGAUUUAUUUUCUACGAAGCCAGUAUCAUGGGUCAUUCAAUUCAAGGAUCAAUUAACAUUUGAAGAUCUUGAUGAAUUUCUCAAAAGGUUUUAUCCGAAGAGCGAUCAUUAAUCUAAAUUUGAUUAAUUGUUAGAAUACUACAAGUAUCACAAGGAUGUUCCUAGGAUGUUUUUAACAAGGGUUUCUGAUUUGGCAAUCUAUUUUUACGAGAAGAAGAACACUUUAGAUAGAUAGAGUAUAGAAAGAUAAAAUUCAUGUUGGGCAUUCCUGUUGAAGAUGCUAGUAAUUGUACCUGUAAUCAUAUAGAAAUAAUUAGAAUAUGAGAAAUUGAAAGAAGAUAUCAAAGUAUUAAAUAGCAUAACUCAGCAGACUUAAGUUUCUAGUCUUUCCCUAUUAAGAGAAAUCUUGAAAUCUAAGGCCAGCGAUGAAAUAAUUAAUAUCGAUGCCACAUGGAUGACUAUGAAUUAGUAACAGCAGUAAAAGUGUUAACAUCCCCCUAAUUUAAAAUUGCUUAAAUAACUAAUCUCCAAAAAUACUCAAUAUUACAAAGACAAAUAAAAUAUUUAUGUUGCUGGAAUAAGUAAGAAGGCCAUUCAAAAUUCACCUUAACAAAAAGGGCAUCUCAAGACUUUAAGUAAAGAGACAUCCCAAAAAUCCUUACUUUCCUCCAAUAAAAUAAUUAACAAUAGUAAUGGAGAUACAGACUUAUAGAAAUUCUUAAAGCAACAGAUUUUAGGUUUCAAUCAUGCAAAUCCAUGUAUAUCUAGUUCAAAAUAAUCAUCAGCUAAAGCAAAUCACAUAUCCAAUUAUUAAUCUAAACAAAAUAGCAUUCAUUACAUUACUAGCACUCGAAGUAUAUCUUCAGAGUAAUUAAAAUUAAUACAAUCUUAAUAACCAUUGAAACAAAGCAAUAGUCCUAAUUUAGUUAUUCCAUCACACAAGAAGAGCUAGACAUAAACUCAUUACACUGAAAUAAAUUCACCUAAUAAGCAUUAGAAAUAAGCCUCUAUCAAAAUGCAUACAAAUAUGGGAUAGGAUCUUAAAUAAUAAUUAACUCACACAAAAUCUCCUGAAAAACUUUUUAAAAUAUAUACUACCCAAUCUUCUGUACCUUUAUCAGCAAACAUUAAUAUCAAUAUUAAUCAACUUAAUAUGAACAAUUUAAAUCUUAAGACUCCCUUUUAACAAUACAAAGCCAUGCUUGACAGUCCCAAAAUGAAUACUAAAUAAAAAACACAAUCUAACUUUGAAACUCAACGGAUUACUAGUGCUCAAAAGAGUUCGAGUUCUUAGAAAAAAACCUAAAUCUCCGUUUAAUAGUUAUAUGUCUAAAAAAUCAAAACUAAAAAUAAAACUAUGAAAAAAUGA